AUGGGGAACAAAACUGACUUUUUUAUUUACAGCCGUACAUUUUCUCUUUCCUCUUCUCUUUCCUCUAUCGCAGACAUCGGCUUUCCUCGCAGAAAUCGCCCCUCUGUUCAUCGUCUUCCUCCUUCUUCAGAUCGAUACUCGCAGAAAUCGCCCUUCACCUCUAGAAAAGGGUUUCAAGAAGUGAGAAAAUUCCUCUAUGGAUUUUCCCGGGCGGGCAUUGGCAUAUGCUGCCUUGUCCUCUCCACAGAAGCCGUUGGCCGGAAAUGGCGUGGCCAAGUAGGCCAAUAUGGGUUUUUCUUCUUUGCAGCAGGGUUCCUUUCAAUUCCCUUGAUUGCUUAUCCAACCAGAACUUGCUGGAGAAACUUGUACAAGAUUAUCUCAUUUAUCCCUCUUGUUUACUCAAUCUUUAUACUUCUACCCUUUGUAUCAGAGUCCCCAAGGUGGCUUCUUCGCAGAGGUCGAAGUGAGGAAGCUCUUGAAGUGUUGAAAAGAUAUGCAAGAAUCAAUGGGAAGGAAUUGCCUCUAAAUAUCUCUCUCCUAGAACCAUCUGGCAAUGAGAAAAACUUGGCUGCAGGUGAAGGAGAAAAUAACACCUCCACCAUUGAGAAACUGUGGAAUACUAGAUGGGCUGCCAAGAGGAUGUCCAUGGUCAUGCUCACAGGUUUUGGGAUUGGUUUCGUGUAUUAUGGGGUUCAACUCAAUGUUGAGAACCUCAACUUCAACCUCUAUUUCGCCGUUGCCAUAAAUGCAAUGAUGGAGAUUCCAGCCGUUUUCAUAGGCAGCGUGCUGUUGAUGAAAUUUUAUUAAACCACCUGGAAUGCAUAUGAUAUAUCUUCCAUAUUCUGAUGAUAUCAGACCUGUUGAAGAGCUUCACACUGAUACAAAUCCCAUGGCACCUCGAGCAACUGAAGACCAAAUAAAGAGCGCCUCUUUGUUAGUGAAGCGUGUUGAUCUAAAAAACUUUUCAGUUUGCCAAUUUGCGAAGCCUGG